AUGGCUCUGAGCGGUGUGCGGGUGCUGGAACUGGCCGGCCUGGCGCCGGCACCGCUCUGCGGCAUGAUCCUUGCUGACUUCGGGGCCCGAGUGGUACGGGUGGAUCGGACGCGCUCUGCCGCGACCAGUGAUGUGCAGGCGCGCGGCAAGCGCUCCUUGGCACUCGACCUGAAGCGACCCUCGGGCGCGGCGGUGUUGAAGCGGUUGUGCAGGGGGGCGGACGUGCUCAUCGAGCCGUUCCGCCACGGUGUCAUGGAAAAACUUGGGCUUGGUCCAGAGGUCCUUCUGCAGGAGAAUCCCAGACUCAUCUAUGCUAGACUUACUGGAUUUGGCCAGACAGGAAAAUAUGCCAAGUCUGCAGGUCAUGACAUCAAUUAUGUAGCUUUAUCAGGUGUGCUGUCAAAGCUGGGUAGGAAAGAUGAAAAGCCUUAUGCACCCUUAAAUCUUCUGGCUGAUUUUGCCGGUGGAGGUGUCAUGUGUGCACUGGGCAUUGUUACAGCCCUUUACGAGCGUACCAAAUCUGGCAAAGGGCAGGUCAUUGAUGCAAGUAUGGUUGAAGGAAUAGCGUACUUAAGUUCUUUCCUGUGGAAAUCACAACAUUUGGGAUUAUGGAGCAGACCUCGAGGUGAGAACCUGCUAGAUAGUGGGGCACCUUUUUAUGAAACCUACAAGACCUCGGAUGGAAAAUUCAUGGCUGUUGGUGCCAUUGAGCCACAAUUUUAUGAGCAGUUUAUAAAGGGUCUUGGCCUAGACUCAGACAAGAUUCCCAGUCAGUUGAAUUUUUCUGACUGGCCUGAAAUGAAGAAAAAAAUUGCAUCCGUAUUUGCACAGAAGACACAAGCUGAGUGGUGCAGUAUAUUUGAUGGUACUGAUGCCUGUGUGACCCCUGUUUUAUCUUUUGAUGAAGUUGCCUCACAUCAGCAUAACAAACAAAGAAGUUCUUUUAUCAAAAAUGAUGAGGGAGAGCUAAGUCCUAGACCUGCUCCUCUUCUAUCAAGAACCCCUGCUGUUCCUUCAUUUAAAAGAGAUCCUUUUAUAGGAGAACACACACAAGAGAUACUUCUAGAACAUGGAUUUACUAAGAAAGAAAUUGCUAAACUUUAUUCUGAUGAAGUGAUAGAAUUCAGGAAGCCAAAAGCUAAUUUAUAA